CUUUUUUAGCGCCAUCUGCUCGCGGCGCCGCCUCCUGCUCCUCCCGCCGCCGCCCUGAGUCACUGCCUGCGCAGCUCCGGCCGCCUGGCUCCCCGUGCUAACCACCGAUACUUGGAGUUCUUACAACAUGGCAGACAUUGACAACAAAGAACAGUCUGAACUUGAUCAAGAUUUGGAUGAUGUUGAAGAAGUAGAAGAAGAAGAAACUGGUGAAGAAACAAAAAUCAAAGCGCGUCAGCUGACUGUUCAGAUGAUGCAAAAUCCUCAGAUUCUUGCAGCCCUUCAAGAAAGACUUGAUGGUCUGGUAGAAACACCAACAGGAUACAUUGAAAGCUUGCCUAGGGUAGUUAAGAGACGAGUGAAUGCUCUCAAAAACCUUCAAGUUAAAUGUGCACAGAUAGAAGCCAAAUUCUAUGAGGAAGUUCAUGAUCUUGAAAGAAAGUAUGCUGUUCUCUAUCAGCCUCUAUUUGAUAAGCGAUUUGAGAUCAUUAAUGCAAUUUAUGAACCUACAGAAGAGGAAUGUGAAUGGAAACCAGAUGAGGAGGAUGAAAUUUCGGAGGAGCUGAAAGAAAAAGCCAAGGUUGAAGAUGAGAAAAAAGAUGAAGAAAAAGAAGACCCCAAGGGAAUUCCUGAAUUCUGGUUGACUGUUUUUAAGAAUGUUGACUUGCUCAGUGAUAUGGUUCAGGAACAUGAUGAACCUAUUCUGAAGCACUUAAAAGAUAUUAAAGUGAAGUUCUCAGAUGCUGGCCAGCCCAUGAGUUUUGUCUUAGAAUUUCACUUUGAACCCAAUGAAUAUUUCACAAAUGAAGUGUUGACAAAGACAUACAGGAUGAGGUCAGAACCAGAUGACUCUGAUCCCUUUUCUUUUGAUGGACCAGAAAUUAUGGGUUGUACAGGGUGCCAGAUAGAUUGGAAAAAAGGAAAGAAUGUCACUUUGAAAACCAUUAAGAAGAAGCAGAAACACAAGGGACGUGGGACAGUUCGUACUGUGACCAAAACAGUUUCCAACGACUCUUUCUUUAAUUUUUUUGCCCCUCCUGAAGUUCCUGAGAGUGGAGACCUGGAUGAUGAUGCUGAAGCUAUCCUUGCUGCAGACUUUGAAAUUGGUCACUUUUUACGUGAGCGUAUAAUCCCAAGAUCAGUGUUAUACUUUACUGGAGAAGCUAUUGAAGACGAUGAUGAUGAUUAUGAUGAAGAAGGUGAAGAAGCGGAUGAGGAAGGGGAAGAAGAAGGAGAUGAGGAAAAUGAUCCAGACUAUGACUCAAAGAAGGAUCAAAACCCAGCAGAGUGCAAGCAGCAGUGAAGCAGGAUGUAUGUGGCCUUGAGGAUAACCUGCACUGGUCUACCUUCCGCUUCCCUGGAAAGGAUGAAUUUACAUCAUUUGACAAGCCUAUUUCAAGUUUUUUUGUUGUUAUUUGUUUGUUUGCUUGUUUUUGUUUUUGCAGCCUAAAAUAAAAAUGUCAUAUAAUUUUAGUUCUCACAAGAUAAUGUCUUAAUUUUGUACUAAUUCAGGUAGAAACAGAGGCCUAGCUUGAAUUAAUAAGCAUUGUACCCAGCUUACCAUAUUAUGGAAGAAGAGAGUGUCAACUUUGGGAGAGGUACUACAUCUGCUAAUAUGAGAGGAUAGAAAAGAAAGAGAAAAUCUUAAAUGAUGUAAUGUUUUUUUUAAAAAAAAGAUUAAAAGAUUAAAAUUUUAUUUCAUUUGGUUAGAACUAGAGAGAAGGCCCCACGCCUCUAUAGUUAAUUCCAAUUCUUACUGCUUAAAGUAUGAGUAUGUCAUUUACCCAUGCUUCUGUUUACUGUGUAUUAAAAUGGGUAGUACUGUUUACCUAACUACCUCACAGAUAUGUUAAGGCAUAUUAAGUUAAGUUUUAUGAAAUGUUUCUCAAUCUCAUUAAAAGCUCAAAAAUAUGAACCUAUUUGUACCACAAGUAUAAUAUUCACGUUUUAUUCAUACCAGGGUUUGAUAAUUCAACUGGAAAACAAAGGUUUAAGUACCUCUAUUCUGGAUCUGGUCAGGCAACAAACACUCUUAUAGAUCUUUGUGUGGCUCCUGUCUUAAUAUAAGUGGAUGGAUGAACAACUCUUUCAAAAGGUCCAACGAUUGCUUUUAGGUAUUUUAGUUUAUGACCAUAUUGUAGUGAAAUACUACAGAGAUCAUGGGACUGAAGUAGAAAGAAGACCAUUUUUAGGGAGGAAAAUGCCAUUAAAUUUGAGACUUACAGAGCCACAUUUAAAAUACCUCAGGCUAAUUACUGUUAAUUUUUUGUGACAAGCCUAAAAGCUUUGACAGUGAGGGUGGAUUAAAUGGAUUAUGACUAGAGGAUGGCCUAGAGUUCCUGCUCUUAAUAAAACUAUAUUGAGUUUGUUUUUAGAGGUGACAGAGCUUCCUUUUUGAAAAUCUAGUAUUAAGAUCUUGGAAUGUGAAUACAUUUUGUUAUUUGUAUAAUACUAUUCAUUCCUCUCCUGAGAAUUUAAUUAACUACUGGAAAUCCUUAACCAGUUGCAAUAGUUUGUAGGAGAAAAAAAUGCCAUGAAAACAUCCUGUGUUUUUCCUCUUUAUUUUCAAAAUGCUUUUGGUUGCUUUAAUUAGACAUUCCUUGCUGAAUUUUUUUUUGUACCCAUAGCUCAUCUGAUCACAGCCUUUUCUGAACUCAGCCAAUUUUAAUCUAAAGAUAGAAUCCCAUUUUUAAUGAACUUAAGUAGCAAAACCACUAUUUUUUUUUUCUUUCACUCCUUUAGGUAAUAGCUAUUGCCAAAGUGAAGGGGCAGAUAUGAUUUCAUCUUGUUAUAUAAAGGGGAUGUGGUUUGCAGAGGAAUUGUUUUCUCAUUAAAGUUGGCAUUGCAAGGGGUAUCAGUGUUCAUCUAUGCCAUCUCUCCAGUUCCAAAAUGGUUCUAUUCCAUUCUAGAAAUUUGAAAUAUGUAAUUUGAAAUCCUUAAUAAAAUUUGCAUUUAAUUUUAUAAAA